AUGUCGUCGUCGUCCGACAUAGAGAAGGACGUUGGCAAGACCCACGACAACGGAAACGUUGACGUCGGAGCCGCGUACCCGGAUGAGGGGUUCUAUGACCCCAGCAAGGAGAGCGCUCUCACGCGCGCGGGUCUCAACUUUGAGAGUUUCAAGCGUGCUCCCGGCACUACUCGUGGUCUUGUCGCUCACGGUGACAUCCCACCCGAGUUCCAGCAAUAUGACAACCCUCUCCUCCAGCAGAAGAUGAAGCCCAGGCAUCUGCAGAUGAUUGCCGUCGGUGGUUCCAUCGGAACUGGUCUCUUCGUUGGUUCGGGUUCUGCUCUCGCUAAGGGCGGCCCCGCUGGUAUUCUUUUGGCAUGGAUCAUCAUGGGUGUGAUGCUUAUCAACGUCACCCAAGCUCUCGGCGAGAUGGCCAUUGUGUUCCCCGUCUCUGGUGGUUUCUACACGCUUGCGAGCCGCAUGUUGGAUCCCUCGUUCGCUUUCGCUAUGGGUUGGAACUAUGUCUUCCAGUGGGCCGUUGUCCUCCCUCUCGAAAUUACUGUCGCUGGUAGCACCGUUCAAUACUGGACGGAUGCCGUCCCGCUCGGUGUCUGGAUCACCAUCUUCUGGGCCAUUAUCGUCUUCUUCACCAUUCUCGGCACUCUUGGAUAUGCCGAGGAAGAAUUCUGGUCGUCGUGCCUCAAGCUUGGAGUGGUCAUCAUUUUCCUGAUUAUCGGCAUUGUCUGCGUCUGCGGCGGUGGCCCCGCGGGAGGUGACUUUGACCACUACAUCGGUGGCGCCUUGUGGCAAAACCCCGGUGCAUUUGCCAACGGCUUCAAGGGUGUCUGUGCCGUGUUCGUCACUGCUGCCUUUUCGUUUGCUGGUACCGAGCUCGUCGGCCUUGCUGCCACCGAGACCCCCAACCCCCGCAAGACCAUGCCCUCGGCCGUCAAGAACACCUUCUGGCGUAUCACCCUUAUCUACGUCUCGUCGCUCGUUAUCAUCGGCCUUCUCGUUCCCUACAACGACGACCGCCUCUUCAACGGUUCCGGCGCCGAUGUCUCCCCCUUCGUUAUCGUCAUGGACAAGGCCCACAUCAAGGGCAUGAACCACCUGAUCAACGUCACCAUUUGUAUCUCGGUGCUCUCCAUCGGUCUGUCGUGUGUCUACGCCGGCUCGCGUACUCUCACUGCCCUCGCCGAGACUGGCUACGCGCCCAAGAUCUUCGCUUUUGUUGACAAGGCCGGUCGCCCCCUCUGGUCGCUCGUCUUCAUCCUCGCCUUUGCCCCCCUCGCCUACAUCAACCUCGCCGACGUCGGCUCGGCCGUCUUUGACUGGCUCGUCGCCCUCUCGGGUCUCAGCACACUCUUCACCUGGCUCGCCAUCUGUGUCACCCACAUCCGUUUCCGUCGCGCCUGGAAGGUCCAGGGCCACAGCGUCGAGGAGCUCCCCUUCAAGGCCAUGGGUGGUAUCUGGGGCUCGGUCAUCGGUGCUAGCCUGAUCGUCAUUGUCCUCAUUGCCCAGUUCUACAUUGCUGUGUGGCCCAUUGGCGGCAACGCUUCUCCCGGCGAGGCUGCUCAGUCCUUCUUCCUGGCAUACCUUGCCGCUCCCAUCAUGCUUGGAUUCUGGAUCAUCGGCUAUAUCUGGAAGCGCGGUGUUCCCCGCCGUGCCUCCGAGAUCGACCUCGACACUGGCCGCAAGAGCUGGCUCACCGUCGAGGACAUGCGCGCCUACCGCGCCGAGCGUGCCGCCGCCCCGAUGUACAUCCGCAUCUACCGUAUGCUCUUCUCCAACUAG